AUGCGACCAAAUGUACCUCAAAAGUCGGAGCAGCGGGUCCAAGUGUCCUACCACCAAGAGGCUACUACUCUUCUACAAUAUUUGGGACAAGACCAUCAUCCUGAUCAUGGAUUCGGUGCAGUGUCAGCUAGCAUCUACGAUACCGCUUGGGUGUCAAUGGUAAAGAAGCCUGUCAUAGGUAGGGAGAUGGCCUGGGCUUUUAUUGAAUGUUUCAAGUUUCUAUCAGAAGCCCACUGUGAGGAUGGCGGAUGGGAUGCAAAUGCGGUUCUUUUUGACUGUAUUGCCUGUACACUUGCUGGUCUCCUUGCGCUCAAAAAACACCUGACCGAAGAGAAGGAUCACACGAGCCGUCAAGCAUUGGAUGAGAAAAUAUCUAGAGCUACACAUUUUCUGCGUCAAGCUCUUCCUAAGUUACCAGCUGCAGUCGCAUAUGAGCUUCCGAUCGGCGCUGAGCUGUGGCUACCAAAAAUGUUGGAGCUUAUUGAGGAAAAAAGAAUCCAUCUCGACAAUGCAGCUGUGCUCGCUUGGAUUUUGCUAGCUCAGGACAGAAGGAUUUCCCGAUUCCCGAUAGAAAGUCUCCAUGAAAAGGGAUUUACUUCCGUUGCACACUCCCUGGAGGGGCUUAUUGGGUACGCAGACUUUAAUCGGGUCUCUAUGCUCAAAACAUGUGGCAGCAUGAUGGGCUCUCCGUUCGCAACUGCUGCGUAUCUCAUUUACAGUGAGAAGUGGGAUGCAGAUGCAGAGGCAUAUAUCCGCCGUGCGCUCAAUUCUCCGUGUGCGGGUCAAAAUGGCGGCGUGCCUUCAACAUAUCAGACGACUGUCUUUGAAUCUUCACGGCGAAACUUUGGGCGGUCUCUUCAACACCCCAAGAUCUGUCAUCCAGAAGCAAGAAAACUCUCUGCGAAGCCUCCCGUCAUUUCCCACAUCCCGAGCUGGGUACUCGAGGCUUCCGUAUGCGAGGGCUACAUGAUAAUCAAUGAGCCACGUAAGAUUGACUUCUUUUCACAACGGGUCAAACUUAGCGAAGACUACCUCCUCUACUGCUAUCUCUUGAUGGUUCUUCGGAUCACAGUAGCGACAUACCAGCGUAACACGUUCGUGGAUCACCAGGUGAUCCACUUCUCGUCGCCAGAGCUAGACGAAUUAGAGGCUUUCAUACAGAAGAAGCUGCAUACCGGGAGGUGUUCGUCCACUGGACGUAAUGCAACCAAUGAAUUCAAUGAGUGCAAAGGAGAACCGCACGCAAGAGUAAAGGAAACAGAGUCAAUGCUCCUGUCUUUUAUGAAUUUUGUGCUGACUGAUACCACUGACCCCGUGAGCACUUACAACAAAUUGAACCUGCGCAGUGAGCUGAGAUCUACCUUACUCGCCCAGAUUGACCAUAUUAGAAGUUCCAAGAGCCUAGCACAUGAGGGAGUGGACCUCCUCCACGACCAAACCGGAAAGACAACCUUCUUUUCAUGGCUACACGGGCCUGCUUCAGACAAUGUACUCUACCCUGUCAUCCUUAAAUACAUAGUCUUCCACAUGGGAAUGAGUCAAGUGCAGCAAGGCGAUGAUGUGUUUCGUACCCCAGAAGAGCAAUACAUCAUUGAGGAUUUCUGCAGGCAUGCUGCUGCCGAGGUCCGGCUCUGGAAUGACUAUGGCAGCAUUGAGAGAGAUAAGCUGAGGGUGUUCUAA